CUCAAAAUUUUGCAGAUUCCAAAGAAAGCAGGACUAGGAAAUACAUAAUGGAAAAACUCGAUCAUAUUUUGAUGCCUUUAGGCCUUCAGCUCAAGAAUGAUAAACCUAAAGACUUGAGAAACUUUACCUUCAACUGGCUGAGAGAGACUUAUGGAGAUAAGCUAACAAAAAAUGAGAACCAAAGACUUGAACUAGAGUAUUUAAGAAAGAAGGUACCUGAGCUAGAAUCCCACCUUUUAGAAGGGAGUUCUAAGAAUAUACCUGCUUUGAAAGACCACUUCGAUCAGUUUGAUGAGCUUCAAAUGGAAGAGGAUUCUGACUCUUCAGAAACUAGUUCAGAUGAUGAUGACGUUAUCGUUGAUGAGAACUUCCUACUACCUAAGCCAGUGAAGAAGACAGUGGAGGAAGCUCUAAGAGAGAUCGAGUCAGAGACCAGCAGAAUCUCUGUCUCUGCUGAAGUCUAUGGAGAGUACAACAAAAGAUCAUCUUUUAAGCCUGUCUCAAAUCCGAAGCCUGAAGAUACAUGUGAAAGAUUAAGAGCUAGACUUUCAUCCCACUGGAUGUUCAAAUGCUUAGAAGCUGAAGACAUGGACACCCUAGUUGAUGCUAUGCAGGAAGAGGUCUUCACUGCUGGAGAUACUGUCGUCAAGGAAGGAGACAAAGGAAAUAAACUCUACAUUGUUGACAAUGGUUCCUUCAACUGCAUCAAAGAAAAUUAUGACGGAAGUGAGAAGUUACUUAAGGUCUACAAUGAAGGUGAGAUGUUUGGAGAACUUGCUCUUAUAUACAACUGUGACCGGACUGCCACUGUUUACAGCUGUGAAACUUGUAAGGCAUUUAGUCUAGACAGACAAACUUUUAAUCACAUAAUUUCUGGAAAUACUAUUGAAAGGAACGAGAGAUAUUUAAAGAUGCUCGGAAACGUUCCUAUUCUGAAGACUCUGGACAAGUACGAGAAGUCAAGAAUCCUUGAUGUCUGCGAUUACGAGACUUACAAUGACGGUGACUAUAUUAUAAGAGAGGGAGAUACUGGUGAAGACUUUUAUAUUUUACUUAAAGGAGAUGCUGUAGCUACUAAGUCACAUGAAAGCUACGAAGAAGACCAAAAGGUAAAAGAAUAUACAUCUGGUGACUACUUCGGUGAAAGAGCUCUGAUCAAGAACACUCCGAGAGCUGCUAAUAUUAUUGCUACAGGAAGUUGUAAGUGACUCAAACUGAAUAGACUAGACUUUAAGAAGUUCUUAGGCUCAAUUGAGCAUAUUCUUAAAAGGAACAUGAAGAUUUAUAUUUCCUUUAUAAGUUAACUCAAUUUUCUUAGA